GGUUCAGUUAAUGGAAUUACAAUGAUUACGUGAGUUUACUUGAAACAAUAUAGGAAAUACUGUUGAGAAUACUAUUCAUUUGAGUGAACCACUGCAUUGUGUAUUGGCGAUGUUGAUUUACAGGCAUAUUGCUAGAGGGCAGACCACUGAAACUCCUGAUUCCCUUUGAUCCUUUGGGCCUUAUGCCUAUGUUUAGGAAAUUAGAAUAUUGUUUGUGUCGCUUGAUUAACCUUGCAUAAUUGCUUUUGAUUCAGACGCUCCCAUGCCUGGUUAGGAUGUGCAGUAAAGAGAGACUGCUGGAGGAACGGGUGGAAGGUGCUGAAACCUUGGCAUACUUGAUAGAACCUGAUGUGGAGCUACAGAGGAUUGCCAGCAUCACAGAUCAUCUUAUUGCAAUGCUUGCUGAUUAUUUCAAGUAUCCUAGUUCAGUCAGCGCAAUCACAGAUAUCAAAAGGCUUGACCACGACCUCAAACAUGCUCACGAACUCCGGCAAGCUGCAUUCAAGUUGUACGCCUCCCUUGGAGCGAAUGACGAAGACAUCCGGAAGAAGAUAAUUGAGACUGAGAAUAUGAUGGACCGAAUUGUGACUGGCUUAGCUGAGUCUAGUAUCAAAGUGCGGUUAGCUGCUGUCAGAUGUUUGCACAGUCUGUCCAGGUCGGUACAACAGCUUCGGACUAGUUUUCAGGACCAUACAGUAUGGAAGCCACUAAUGAAGUUGUUACAAAAUGCUCCUGACGAAGUCCUUGUGGUGGCAUCAUCAACACUAUGCAAUCUUCUCCUUGAGUUCUCCCCAAGCAAGGAGCCUAUCUUGGAAUCGGGUGCUGUGGAACUGUUAUGCAACUUGACCCAGAGUGAAAAUCCAGCUCUCAGAGUCAAUGGGAUUUGGGCAUUAAUGAAUAUGGCUUUUCAAGCUGACCAGAAGAUAAAGACAGACAUUUUACGAGGGCUGAGUACAGAACAACUCUUCAGAUUGCUCUCAGAUUCAGACGUGAAUGUACUAAUGAAGACUCUGGGGCUCCUCAGGAAUCUCUGUUACUAA